UUAAAAGCACGCAUGGAAAGAAAGUGGCUGCCAAUGUUCUUGGCCUCACCAGAGUUUGCUGAGAGGCACCAUAUACAGGUACAAAUGCAAGACAUAGUGCAGGACCACAUGUUACAGAAGAGUAGGAAGAAAAGUGAUGCAUUGAAGCUACUGGAUAACAAAUGGGUUUCCUCAUCAAAAGAAAUCAUUGCAUUCCGUAGAGCCUUGCUAAAUCCAGUAACAGUUUUCCAAUUUCAGCAGUUUGUGUCACUGAAGGGCAAACUGAUGGAGAAUAAUAUCACCUUCUGGCUUGAGGUUCAAAAGUACAAGGACAUGUGUCAUUCUCGUGAUAGCGAGGAAUGUAUUCAGAAUAAGAUCUCCUCCAUUAUCAAUUGUUUCAUCAAUUCCAGCAUCCCACCAACUGUGCAAGUUGAUAUUCCAUCAGAAUAUGCAAAUAAAAUCAUUAAUCACAUGCAAGAGCAGGGACCAUACAUCUUCAGAGAAGCACAGGUGUGUGAAGAAUGA